AUGGUCAUCAAGAUGAAAAUGAAGGCCCGAAAACAGAAACAGGUACAGGUGGAUGGAGAGGGCAGACAGGUAGAUGGAGGGAACAGACAGGUAGAUGGAGGGGACAGACAGGUAGAUGGAGGGGGACAGACAGGUAGAUGGAGGGAACAGACAGGUAGAUGGAGACAGGUGGAUGGAGAGGGCAAGCAGGUGGAUGGAGAGGGCAAGCAGGUGGAUGGAGAGAGCAAACAGGUGGAUGGAGAGGGCAAGCAGGUGGAUGGAGAGGGCAAGCAGGUGGAUAGAGAGGGCAAGCAGGUGGAUGGAGAGGGCAAGCAGGUAGAUGGAGAGGGCAAACAGGUGGAGGGAGGGGACAGAGAGGCGGACGAAGGGGACAGAGGGGUGGUUGCAUAA